GACAGGGAAGAUUAGGGCUUUUAGAAAACGUAAUUUUAGUAGAGAGAGAGAGAGGGACCGAGCUCAUUUGCGCUCUACCUAUACUCCACAAUACCUAGCGCUUUUUUCCGGCAACUUUCCACGACGAAUAAGCCCAUCAAUCCGCCUCUGUUCGAAACCCAACUGAAAUCUUGCAAUGUCGACUAAUCCCACUGCAUUGGAGAAGGAACAGAUUUUUGGAAUGGCAGAGAAGGAAAUGGAAUACAGGGUAGAUCUGUUCAACCGGCUUACCCAGACUUGUUUCCACAAAUGUAUUGAGAAGAGGUACAAGGACUCUGAGCUGAAUAUGGGUGAGAAUAGUUGCAUUGACCGAUGUGUCUCAAAGUAUUGGCAGGUAACCAAUUUGAUAGGACAGCUGCUUGGUUCAAACAAGCCACCACUGUGAGCAAACCGUUGGUAGUUAUGUCUUCUAUGUUUCUCAGUAUUAAAAAAGGCGCCCAAAGAACUGUAAAGAAAGCUGAUUCAGUUUUUUUUGUUGGGCGUACCUGACCAAUACAACCAGGUGAACGUUUUUGAGUUUUCAUGUAUCGGUUUAUUUUCCGCCCUUUUUGUUUAUUCUUAAUAUGCGGCUUGCAAUAGCCCAGAUCUUUGUGAAAGUCCACCACACAGGAAAAGGCGUAUUACUUUCUAAUUUUUAGCAACUCUUCUUCUUUCCGUUCAUUACGGAUGAGAAUCAAUGUUUAGAUGGAAUGAGAAUUUAACUUGUGAUUUUACCUA